AUGACCACCAUCAUGCCGCGCUUAGACGAAGACACACACCAAACCCUCCGCGAUGCAGAACAGGGGAUCCGAAGGCGAACCGCCAGUGCCUGGGAUAGCUUCAGCAACUUCGCCCUACGCGACAACGUGCUCGAAGUAGCCGUUGGACUGAUCCUCGCAGCCGCCUUCACCGCCGUCGCAAACUCCCUCGUCUCCUCCAUCAUCCUCCCCAUAAUCUCGCUCCUCCCCUUCCUCUCCCGCAACCUCGACGCCAAGUUCGCCAUCCUGCAAUCCGGACCCAACUACAACACCACCAUCUCCAACGGCUACAACACCCCUAAGCAGGCUGUCGAUGACGGCGCUGUGGUGCUAGCUUACGGCGAGUUCUUGGACAAGAUUGUCAGGUUCCUGGUCGUUGCGUUGGCGCUUUGGGUCGUGGCACUGGCGUAUUCGAGGGGGAGUGGGGAUAACAUCGUCAAGAAGCAGGUUAAAUGUCGGUUUUGUAGGAAGUAUAUUAGUGAGAAGGCGAAGAGGUGUGUGAAUUGCACGAGCUGGUUGGAUGGCAGGGAGGAUAGAGGGUAG